AUGGCCAGCAGUUUCAGACGGGCCCUAGGUGCACGCGACUUUUGCUCAAUCUGCUGCAGUACUACAACCCGUCUCCGCACCCCGUCAUCAUUGUCGUCAUCGUCGCCGUGCUCGCCCUCGCUCCCGCCCUCACUCAUGCUGGCUCAGCGCAUUCGACUGUUCAGCUCGAGCAGUGUCGCCCCGUCACACAUCGGCUCACAACCCGUCGCGUUGCCGCCGGUAGUACAACUUGUCGUUGAGGUAGCCCCCCGCGGGCCGUCGGCGCGGCAACGUUCGACCCGGCUGCUCGUCACAGGACCCAAGGGCGAACUUGCGGUGGAUUUCCCAUCGUUCAUGAAACUCGCCUCGCCUCGCUUGACCAAUGAUCCCGCCAGUCGCGGAGUGGCACGCGGAGCUGAGCCAUCGUCGGUCGUGCUGUCCGUGCAGGAUUCUCGGAUCAAGCAUCAGCGCGCAAUCUGGGGCCUGACCCGCUCGCUCCUGGCCAACGCCGUGUAUGGCGUAUCGCAAGGAUUCAGCCUUCCUAUCCGGCUCGUCGGCGUCGGUUAUCGCGCAUCGUUGGAGCCUGCAUCUACAGCGCCGGCAAAGAUUCCGUCACCCCCGUCAUCCACGUCAUCCAAGCCCGCCUCAAGCGCACAGCGGCUGCAUCUCAAACUCGGUUUCGCGCACCCGAUAUUCGUCGAUUUGCCACACGAUGUGCGUGCUUCUGUGCCUUCGACAACCAGUAUCGUCCUGUCCGGGAUCGACAAGCAACGUCUGGGCCAAGUCGCCGCUCGCAUACGCAGUUGGCGAGUGCCCGAACCUUACAAUGUAAGCAUGCCACUCAGCCCCACAGGCUCGGCUCUGAAUGGGGCGCUAACAUAGCCUUCUGAAUUGACGGUGCUCCAUAGGGAAAAGGGAUAUUUGUUGGUGAAGAAGUUAUAAAACGUAAAGAGGUCAAGAAGAAGUAA